AUGGAGAAGACACUACGGUUGGGCGAUAUUUUGGCUUAUUAUCACGUCAGGUUAAACGCUCCACACCUUCCAACGCCGUGGAAGAUCGGUCUUUUGGUUGAGGAGUAUUUUAACAAUAUUCACCCGCUGCGAUGCUUUGCAUUUAUCCACCGACCCUCAUUUUUGCAGAAAUUGGAUAAAGACGUAUCAAAGAGGUCGCGUAAUAAUGCCCUGCUGCACAUUAUUUGUGCCUUAGGUGGCCAAUUCUACGCCUUGGCAUACAGUGAGACGGUGUCUCCAGUUCCAUCGAAGUUCGUUCUGUCAGCUGGAAGCGAAUGGGCCAAGGUCGCGCAGCGGCUGAUUCUCGAGACUCUCGACACUGUUAGGAACGAAAAUCUAAUGGCAGCCGUUUUACUUCACGACUAUGCAGUCCGCAUGGGAAAUUUUGCAAAUGCAUUCAUGCUCAGUGGACUGAUCACGCGUAUGGCUCAGGCUUUACAAAUUAACCUGGAGUACAACACCGACCUUCUUUGUCAAAAUAAUGACUACGGACCCUCUGCCACAGCUAAAGAGUCACGGAGACGGCUUAUGUGGAGUUGUUAUGUGAUGGAUUCUCUCGUCGGCAGCGGAGUAGAUCAACUCACGCUUGUGGAUGAGAAGGACAUGAAGAUUCAGCUCCCGUGCAAUGAAAGAAAUUUCAUGCAGCAAAUUCCAUGUUUUACAGAGACCCUUCAGCCAGGGAACUGGCUGAAGUUCAUCCCCGGUGAACUUGAUAUUGGCACACUGCUACCGAAUAUGGGGAUAAUGGCCCACUUCAUUAGACAUAUCUCUAUUCGCAAGCGAGUCCUGAGGUACAUAAAGCACCUCGAUGAGGCGAUGGUUCCAUGGAAUCCCAACUCGGAAUUUGCCACGCUAGAUGCAGACUGCCGUGCAUGGUAUGAGUCUCUGCCGGCUAGUCUACAAUUCACGCCCGACGCGAUCUACAUCAGAAAGGAUUCAUCGCAAUUGGGAGCACUUUGUGUAUUACAUUGUGCACACUAUCAGACCGUAUGCGACUUGUACCGAUUAGGGGCUCCUGCCCUCUACAAACUUCGGGCUGCCUUCGAUUUUCCACCAGAACAGCAAGGGUUUCUCAGUCAUCUGCAGCAGAUCCUAUUUGAUGCUGCUAGAACUCUGGCAACCAUUGUUGGAGAAACAUGCCGGCAUGGAACCCGAAUGCUGUCAGACUCGUGGCUUCCAACGAUUACAUACGAUAGUUGUCGGAUCAUGGUGUACCAUCUCACGCAGAUUCUGGACCCUCGUUUGGAGGAUACCAAGAGUAUCACGAUGGAGACGCUUCCUCUUUUGCAAAGCAACAUCCACGCCCUGAGAUUGAUGGGAAAUCUCAAUGGGAUUUCGAAUUCCUUGUGUUCUGCGGCGGAGACUAUGCUUGAUCGUUCUGGCAUUGGCUCCGAGGUAGUAGCACAAAAUAGCGUACCCGACGACCCGUAUCAGUCUAUCGACGGAGCAGAACAUGCAAGUGAAAGUGUGCCGGGCACCCCUGUUCAAAGUGCACCUGAUUACGUUCUUAACCCCUUAUCCAUCUUUCGCAUGGCCCGGAAGUCCAUUCCGGAGCGACAUGCCCCAGAAAAGGCUGCCACAGCGUCUGCCCCAAAUAGCGCGAGGCCUGAGUCGAACGCGGACGCUGAUCCACCGUCUACUGGUUCUACAAAUCAUGUGCAGAUACCAAACGCAGUCACCAAUGAACCCGAAUCAUGUCAGGCGAGUCUAGAGGAACUACAGACAGUAUUCAUGUCUGACCUGGGAUGGGCGUGGCAACCGGCAGACACAGCUGUGGGGUCUGGAAUUGAGACGGCCGGUUUAUUACCGUGGGCAGGAGGAUAUUCUACCACACAGGCAGAACCAUGGCUGCCUGUUUUCCCGUUUCCACAGCAAACUUGA